CUCGGCACCUAGUUACAUUUUUUUUAAAACUGUCAUAAAUCGUCUGUAUGAGUCUGUUUGUAUUUUACCGUAUCCGUGCAGUCGUCAACUGAAGCCACAGCCGCAAAGGGGUCAAGUUAUUUGAACUCAUUCUUAUGGCCUAUACCGGUACGGUACGGUACCAGUACCGGGUAUUUUAGUAUUUUACUCAUCUAUAAUUUUGUAAUUUGCUAGCGGUCGGACAGACUGCAGUAAAUUGAAUGUUCUCAAAAAACAGUGACAUGCUCACAUGUAACAAAAUCCGAAAAAGAUGAUGAUGUGGAAUGUUGUUCAGUUCAUUUUCUUACUGCCUCGCAGCCUCAUGGUUAUGUCAGUAUGUUUUAUAUAUACUGCAGUAUGAGAUUGAUUCAAGCAAGGUCUUAAACCUUUGCUUAUAGCUGUAUUGUGGAAAUAUUCAUGUAGCAUAUUACUGACAGAAGAAAUAUGACCUCAAAAGUACUUUAUAUCUGUAUAUACAUAUAUAACUCUCUGAAUUUCUGUUUAUUGUUUAAACAGAAAUUCCAGUCUGCCAAUAGAAUAACCAGUUUUCUGUUUUUAUUUUGUUAGUGUAUAUCUAAGGGAUUAGGGCACCAUAAGGUUAUAUUAAUCCACCUCCUCACCUCUGUCUCUUAUAUAUUGAUCCAAGUUUUUAAAUUUAUAGACAAGCAGCUAACAUAUAUGUUACAAUUUUUAAAAAAGAUUUUAAAUUUGGGAAUCAGUUGAAUAUUUUGAAAUUUUAUAUGAUUUCCACACGAAACUGCAAAGCCCAAGUGUUAUUAUAUUUUAUAGGCGAUGAACUUAAAUAUUACAACCAAUACAGCAAUAUGCAGAUAUGGAUGAUUAAUUACCAAUUUACCAUAUUUCUGUUAUCGUGUAAUUCUUCUUUUUCAUUUAAGGUAUACAAAUAUUACUGUAUUAUGGUAAAACAGAAUCAUACUGUAUAAAAGAUAAUAAAAAAUGUCUUCAGUCAUACCUAAGAUUGAGCAACUGUCAAGCAGAGUUAUUCGUGUUCUGGGAUGCAACCCGUCUCCAAUGACUUUACAGGGCACAAACACUUACAUUGUUGGCACUGGCAGAAAACGUAUUUUAAUCGAUACUGGUAAUCCAAGUGUGCCUGAUUACAUUUCAAAUUUGAAUUCUACUUUGAAAAAAUUUAACGUUAGUAUUGAAGGAAUUGUUCUUACUCAUUAUCAUAUGGAUCAUAUCGGUGGUAUAGCUGACAUUGAAAGGGAUGUUAUUUCUAGGGGACAAAAUGUUCCACUAUAUAAAUUCAGGCGAGGUAUUGAUGGCUGGGAAAGUGAAACACCUCCAAACACUGAUUCUAAAUAUUCUUUUGUUGAAAAUGCUUCAACAAUAAAUACAGAAGGUGCAACAUUGAAAGUAUACCAUACACCUGGCCAUACAGAUGACCAUAUUAUACUUCAGUUAAUUGAGGAAAAUAAUGUGUUUUCUGGUGAUUGUGUGCUCGGUGAAGGCACUGCUGUGUUUGAAGAUCUUUAUGACUACAUGAAGUCUCUCGAUUUCAUUUUGAGUCUUAAACCUGGAAAAAUAUACCCCGGUCAUGGCCCAGUUCUUGAGAAUCCAAUAGAAUAUGUUCAAUAUUACAUCAGCCACAGGAAUGAAAGGGAAAGCCAAAUAAUAUCAGCUCUGAAAGAUUCGUCUGAGCCCCUCAAAAGCCUUGACAUUGUGAAAAUUAUAUACGAUAUACCAGAACAUCUUUAUGGCCCAGCUGAUAUCAAUGUUAACAAUCAUCUGAGGAAACUGCUGAAAGAAAACAAAGUUGGCCUAAAGGAGGGUGACUUCUGGCACAACUGUCAAGCUUCUCUUUAACUAUUAUUGAAUUCUUUUAAUUUGAUUCAAAUAUCAGUGUUAUGCUUCUCAUUUUUUAUUCCUUUUAAUUGCGAUUUGAAAUUUUAUGGGGGCUGAGGUCACAAAAGCUAAUUAAAGUGUAUGAUACUCAUCUGAAAUCCUAGUUAGGUUUAGUCCAAAUUAAUUGAGCUGAUUUUAUGAGAACUGUAAAUUUAUUCUUAACUUCACUCAUUUUACUAUAUUUCUAUGAUAUUUUUGUAGAGCACAACGUGUGCCUUGACAUAUACCAUACUUAAUGGAGAAAUAAAUAAUUGGCAAUUACGGUAGUAUUCAAUUUACAUCAUCAUAAAUAAAAAUUAAAGGAUCGUUUUAGGGUAUUUUAUUUUAUCAUGAUAGUGCAAUUUUUGCAAUGUUCGUAAAUUGCAAGCGAUUAGAUAUAUAAACAGCCCAAUGUUGUCUUACAUUAUGCAAUGAUAUCUUGCUCAUGUGUGGUAAUUUUCUUUAAUUACGUUACAAAGCUUUUUGUGUUAAUAAUUGUUAUUUAUAUUUAAAUUAG